AUGCCAGGUUCCAAACCAGAAGACCUAACAGCCUGGUACCUAGUCAUCAACGCCCUCUGGGCCUACGCAUUCUCCUCGGCCCGCGGGCUCAAAAUGCUCUACAAGAUCGACAACCAAGUCAGCCCGCGCGGCGAUCUCGACAAGUACGGCCCCCGCGCCGUCUCAGAGGGCAAACUCACCCAAGCCCAGCUCGAGCGGCUGAAGCGCAAUGAAGCAGCCCACGCAAACUCAAUGGACCAUUUCCCUGUCUUUGCCACGGCACUCAUCCUGGCAAAGGUUGCGGGGCUGCCGACUGCGGAUGUGAACUUUGCGGCGCUGGCGUAUACCGGGUUGAGGUUUGCGUUUUGGGGGAAUUAUGUGUUUAGUGCGACGUUUGGGUGGGCGGCGCUGAGGCCGUUGUUUUGGUGGGGGAGUAAUAUUGUUUGUUUGAGGUUGAUAUGGCGCGCUGGGAAGGUGUUUAAUGGUGUUGCGUGA